CCACUCAUCCAGACAACAUUCUCAGCCAUGGCGGGGCUCGGACCAUUCAAGCUUUGCCACCAAAUGGCUCUUCUCCUCAGGUCCCCAACACUCGUUAGACCAAGAACGGUCUCCCAUCAAGCGAAGGCGCUGAGGAGAGGGAGGCUGGUGGUGAAGGCCUGCCAAGAAGAGGAGCAAAAGAGCCAGAGGAGAAGCUUUCUCAGCCUAGAGGAAGCCGGGCUGGUUGAGAUGUCCGGGCUCAACACUCACGAGCGCUUCCUCUGCAGAUUAACAGUGGAUAUCAUCACUGAAUCUGCUGAGAGUGAUAUCAGAGCAGGAAGGAGUUCCUAUCGAGGAGCUUAAUGCAGGUCGGCUUUGUGAUUGGUUCCUAAAAGAUAAGCUCAAGAGAGAGCAGGAUUUGGGGUCUGCAGUGAUCCAGUGGGAUGAUUCUGACUCCCAGUUUUGAGCAGCACAUCAUUUCAAUUGUGCUAUGCAGAUCUUUAGAAAAGAUCAAGGUUUUUUGUUGAAUGAAAUUAUCAUAUAGAAGAUGGGGUUAUCAGCAUAUCUUAUUCUUGUUGGUUGGCAAAUGGAGCAUGGAGUUGUAGUACUAAAAGAUGUGAUGUUUAUGUAAAUGUGUCAAUCCGAAGAGUAGAGCUUUUGGAGAGUUCA